UUUUCCCAGCUCCAAACGCACCUCGCCACCAAAUGAAUUACCGAUUCCAAAACCUCCUAGGUGCCCCUUACCGAGGCGGUAAUGCCGUCGUAACACAAAACACUAACCUAAUCUCCCCCGUGGGUAACCGCAUCUCCGUCACCGACCUUGUCAAAUCCCAAACUAUAUCCCUACCCUUCCAAGCCUCCAGCAACAUCCGCCGCAUCGCCGCUUCACCAGACGGCGUUUUCCUCCUCACCGUUGACGACAACAACCGUUGCCUCUUCAUCAACAUCCCUCGGAGAGUGGUGUUGCACCGCAUAACGAUUAAGCAUACCGUAAACGCAGUUAAGUUUAGCCCCAAUGGGAAUUAUAUAGCUGUGGCGGCAGGUAAAUUGUUGCAAAUAUGGAGAUCUCCUGGGUAUAGGAGGGAAGUUUUUGGGUUUGAAUUGGUUCGAACUUUUGCUGAUUGUAACGAUAAGAUAUUGACAAUUGAUUGGGAUAAUGAAUCAAAAUAUUUGAUUGUUGGGUCCAAAGAUUUGACUGGGAGGUUGCUUUUUGUUGAUAAGGUAAAGGGUGGUUAUAAAAAACCAUUUUUAUUUCUCGGUCAUAGAGAUUCCGUCCUUGGUUGUUUCUUUGGUGUUGAUAAAAAGAGUAACAAGGUUGAUAAAGCAUAUACUAUUGCUCGUGAUGGUUUUAUUUUCAGUUGGGGUUAUAGUGGCAAUGUUGGUAAUCAUGACAUUGGAGAUGAAGGUCUGGAUGACGAGGAGCCAAAGUCUCCCGGAACGCCGGAGAGGGAUGGAGAAAUUGUGGAAGGCUAUGUGAAGAAAAGGAAGGAUUUUGAUGGUAAAGAAAGUUGUUUUGGUGAAGGUGAGGGGUAUCUGAGUGGAGGCAAAUGGGAAUUGUUAAGGAAAGAUUGUUUUAUGCAGGCUCCAGCGAAAUUGACCGCCUGUGAUUAUCAUAGGGGACUUGAUCUUGUUGUGGUGGGAUUCUCCAAUGGGGUUUUUGGAUUAUAUCAAAUGCCGGAUUUUGUAUGCAUGCAUUUGCUGUCAAUAUCAAGAGAGAAACUUACGACAGCCGAGUUCAAUGACCUCGGAAAUUGGUUGACAUUUGGCUGUGCAAAGUUGGGGCAGCUGUUGGUGUGGGAGUGGCGGUCAGAGAGUUAUAUAUUGAAGCAACAGGGACACUACUUUGAUGUGAAUACUCUUGCAUAUUCGCCAGAUUCACAACUCUUGGCUACUGGAGCCGAUGAUAAUAAAGUGAAGGUAUGGACUGUUUCAUCAGGCUUUUGCUUUGUAACAUUCACUGAACAUACUAAUGCUGUUACUGCACUCCAUUUUAUGGCUAAUAACAACUGCCUUUUAAGUGCAUCUCUGGAUGGGACUGUUCGUGCUUGGGACCUGUUGCGUUAUCGAAAUUUUAGAACAUUUACUACCCCUUCUUCUAGGCAGUUUGUUUCUUUGGCAGCUGAUCAAAGUGGUGAAGUGAUUUGUGCUGGAACUCUAGAUUCAUUUGAGAUUUUUGUUUGGUCAAUGAAGACGGCUCGUUUAUUGGAUGUUCUUAGUGCUCAUGAAGGUCCGGUUCAUGGGUUGAUGUUUUCUCCGACAAACGCAAUAUUAGCUUCAUCGUCAUGGGACAAAACUGUUCGGUUAUGGGAUGUAUUUGAAGGAAAAGGUGCUGUCGAAACAUUUCCUCACACGCAUGAUGUUCUGACCAUUACUUACCGACCAGAUGGAAAACAACUGGCUUGCAGCACAUUAGACGGACAGAUUCACUUUUGGGACCCUAUUGAUGGGAUGUUAAUGUGCACCAUUGAAGGCCGUAGGGAUAUAGCUGGAGGACGACUAAUGACUGAUAGACGAUCUGCAGCUAACUCAAGUUCAGGAAAGUGCUUCACGACCUUAUGUUACUCUGCUGAUGGGAGUUACAUCUUAGCUGGAGGAAAUAGCAAAUAUAUCUGUAUGUAUGACGUUGCAGAUCAGGUUCUACUCCGACGUUUUCAAAUAACUCAUAACCUCUCUUUGGAUGGAGUUCUUGACUUCUUGAACUCGAAAAACAUGACAGAAGCUGGUCCAUUGAAUUUAAUCGACGAUGAUAACAGUGAUACAGAAGAAGGUAUUGACAAACAAACCCGAGGAAAUAUGGGGUAUAAUCUUCCUGGAUCCAUGCCUAAUAAUGGUAGGCCUAUCAUCAGAACGACAUCCCUUAAAAUUGCACCGACGGGACGAAGUUUUUCAGCAGCAACGACAGAGGGUGUUCUUGUUUUUUCAAUUGACGACUCAUUUAUCUUUGAUCCCACGGAUCUUGACAUCGAUGUUACACCUGAGGCCAUAGAUGCAGCACUUGAUGAAGAUCAGCCAAGCAGAGCUUUAAUUCUUAGCUUGCGCUUAAACGAAGAUACACUAAUUAAAAGGUGUAUUUUCUGUGUCAGUCCUGUAGAUGUUCCUGCGGUUGUUUCAUCAAUCCCAUACCGAUACUUGCAAAGAUUAAUUGAGGCAUUAACCGACCUUCUUGAAAGGUGCCCGCACUUGGAGUUUGUACUUGGAUGGUGUCAGGAACUCUGCAAACUUCACGGUAACUCUAUUCAACAGAAUUCCAGAAACCUUCAACCUGUAUUGAGAUCAUUACAGAAGGCAAUCACCAGAAUUCAUCAGGAUUUGGCUGAUACAUGUGCUUCGAAUGAAUACAUGCUUCGAUACUUAUGCUCUGUUAGGGACAAGAGAUGAAUCGAGUGUACUUCAAUCGGCCGAUGAAAGAAAAUCUUUGGAGGAAAGGUAUUUACUGCUGGUCUGGUUCCAACAUGGAGCUGAGGAACAUACAUGCUAUGGUUGGAUACAUUGAACGUAUAUGCGGGUACGACGGAUGACAUUCCCAUAAAAUGAGAUGCUGAUUUUUUUUGUUUUUAUAUGUUUGGGAAUAUCGGGAAGAAAUUCACUUAUUUU